AUGCUGCUGAAAAUAGCAUCCACAGAAAACUUGUACCAGAACAGGUUUCUUGGGCUUGCAGCAAUGGCCUCUCCAUCUCGUUCAUCUCAGGGCAGGCGACGAUAUAAGGACCCCAUUCGGCACAGUUUUAAUCCUGAACAGUUCCCCAAUGUGGACUUCCAGAACGGUGCACCUGAGGAGCUGGCCGCAACUGUGCUGCGCUCCACCAGCGACACCGACCUCGUGACGUCACAUAGCCGCUCCACCCUCACUGUCAGCACCUCCAGCUACACUAUCGGUCAGACGCAGGACGUCACACUGAGCUGGGACAUCAAGGAGGAGGUGGAUGCAGGAGAUUGGAUUGGCAUGUACCUCAUUGAUGAGGUUCUGUCAGAAAACUUCCUGGACUACAAAAACAGAGGCGUGAACGGCUCCCACAAAGGCCAGAUCAUCUGGAAGAUCGAGGCCAGCUGCUACUUUGUGGAACUGGAGACUAAGAUCUGUUUUAAAUAUUAUCAUGGAGUGAGCGGAGCCCUGCGAGCCACCACCCCAUGCGUUACAGUAAGGAAUCCAUCUGCACAGGUGUUUACGCUGGUGACCACAGAUGAUGUACCUCAGAGCCAAGGCAGCAAAAGACUCAUCAGCUUCUCUCUGUCAGAUUUCCAGGCCACAGGGCUGAAGAAAGGCAUGUUCUUCAACCCUGACCCAUAUCUGAAGAUCGUCAUCCACCCUGGCAAGCACAGCAUCUUCCCUGCCCUGCCUCACCAUGGCCAGGAGAAGAGAUCCGGCAUCAUCUGCAAUACGAUUAAUCCCGUUUGGCAGAGGGAGCGCUUUCAUUUUGUGUCUCUGCCGACGGAUGUGUUGGAAAUCGAGGUGAAGGACAAGUUUGCCAAAAGCCGCCCCAUUAUAAAGCGUUUUCUUGGCAAGCUGUCCAUGCCAGUGCAAAGAUUACUGGAGAAGCAUGCCAUCGGGGACCGAGUGGUCAGCUACACGCUGGGACGGAGGCUUCCAGCAGAGCAUGUCAGUGGUCAGCUGCAGUUCAGGUUUGAGAUCACCUCAUCCAUCCACCCAGAUGAUGAGGAUAUGUCUCUUAGCACAGAUCAGCUAGUUUCGGCCGCAGAAGCUCAAGGCCAACCUCAGGCCGAAGACACCAUGAGCUUAGACCAGGGUGCCCCAGAGCUUCCCCUGGAUGGAGACACAGCUUCUGUAGAGAUGAUGGACGUUGAUUCUGGGCCCAGCUGUGCUGCGGCAGAGACUGUAGAGGUGGAGACUUUAGAGGCAGAGCAGCAGAUGCAUCCAGAAAUGCAGCAGAAACAGGAGGACAUGGCAGAGAGCCAUGAUUCUACGGAAGAACAAGAAGCUUCAGAACAAAUGGAGGAGGUUGAGACAAAUGUAGAGGCAGAAGAGAGCAACCAAGAGGAGGCAGAGACUCCUAGUGCCUUUGCUGAAGGGCCUGUAGACCCUUCAGAAACUCCUGCUGUAGUGGAAGAGGAGGAAGCCUCGAACCCUCAAUCGGUCCCAGAAGAAGCAGAGGUGGAUCUAGUGGAAGGCUGUUCGCUAAGAAUCAGAACCACACCACGACGAAAGCCGCGGCCGUGCUCUCUUCCAGUUUCAGAACUUGAAACGGUCAUUGCUUCUGCCUGCGGAGAACCGGAGACUCCACGCUCCCAUUACAUCCGAAUCCACCACCUGCUGCAUAGUCUACCGUCUACCCAGCCUGAACCAGGAAACCAAGGGGACGUGGCCGGGCCUAAACCUGACCGACCACAGGGAGUGGAGGAGGAAAAGGAAGAGGGUGCAACUCUAGAGCUUGACACUUUAACUCCCAAUGGCCCAAGCAGAACACUGCCUCGCAGUCGCUCGCAUGAACGCCUGUCGGAUCUCAUUCCGAUGCAUGUUGGAGAUGGGCAGCCGUUUGGGGCUGAUGGUCAGGUCAGAGGUCAAAUGUCUCCGGUGGAAAGUGAGUGUGACUUGAGCCCGGUUCCCUGUUGUAGUCAUAUGGUAGAGAGGACCAUGUGCCCAAUGCGGGCACCGUCUCUAGAUAGCGCCCGUAGAUUGGAGAGCACAGUGUUUUCCUCUCAGGAUGAUGAGGAUGAGAUGGACAGGGUGAACGGGAUUCUGGGAUUGGAGGCGGGGUCGGGACAAGGUGCUAAGAGACGGGAGCCAGGGGACGGAAGCUGUCAGUGGGAGGAGGUAACAGACAGUCACGUCCAAAGCCCAAACUGCGUUAUGGGUAUUGGAGAAUCACCUGGAACUGGUCCAAGCAGCAGAAGAGCGUGCCCUGUACCUUGUGAUCAUCCUGCAGUCAGCCAGCUGCCCACUCUGCGACCAGAUCUUCAUCACUAUCCCACUAUAGAUGAGCCGCUGCCUUCGAAUUGGGAGGCCCGUAUCGACAGUCAUGGUCGUGUGUUCUACGUGGAUCACAUUAACCGGACCACCACUUGGCAACGGCCCACGUCCGCAGCCACGCCGGAUGGCCUGCGCAGGUCUGGUUCCAUCCAGCAGAUGGAGCAGCUCAACAGGAGGUAUCAGACCAUCCAGAGGACGAUGGGCACAGAGGGGAGAGAUGAGGAGUCAGGCAGCCCUCAAAACGAAAGGACAGCCAACACUGAGACAGACUCACCGCCGCAGACAAAUGAAUUGAGAAGAGAGACUCCGUGUUCUCCUGGUCACUGUCAAAAGAUCACGUUUCUGCUGCAGAGUCCAGCGGUUAAAUUCAUCACUCACCCAGAGUUCUUCACUGUGCUCCAUGCUAAUUAUGGGGCGUAUCGUAUGUUCACCAACAGCUCAUGUCUGAAACACAUGAUCCUAAAGAUCAGGCGUGAUGCUCGCAAAUUUGAGCGCUACCAGCACAACCGUGACCUAGUGACCUUCUUGAAUCGGUUUGCUGAUGCUCAAUUGGAGCUGCCGCGGGGCUGGGAGAUCAAAACGGACACACAGGGGAAGUCGUUCUUUGUAGAUCAUAACAGUCGUGCCACAACCUUCAUUGAUCCCAGGAUCCACUUGCAAAACGGCAGACUGCCCAACCACCUGACACACCGGCAGCACCUGCAGAGAUUACGCAGCUACAGUGCAGGAGAGGCAUCAGAGGUGUCGCGCACCCGCGGAGUGUCUUUGUUAGCCAGACCAGGAAAUAGUCUUGUAGCAGCCAUGCAGAACCAAAGCCAGCAGGAGCCAGUGCCAUUAGCAUACAAUGAAAAGAUUGUAGUGUUUCUACGGCAACCUAGCAUCUUUGAGGUGCUACAGGAACGACAGCCGAGCUUGGCGAAGAACCACUCACUCAAGGAAAAGGUGCUCCACAUCCGAACCGAAGGCACACAGAGACUGGAGAAGCUGUCAUGUGAUGCUGACCUGGUCAUGCUGUUAAGUUUGUUUGAGGAGGAGAUAAUGUCAUAUGUUCCUCUUGCACCAUUUCACCCUGGGUUCAACUUCUCGCCACGCUGCUCCCCUGGUUCCUCUCCCCAGAAUUCUCCAGGAUUCCUUGAGAGAACUCCUCUAGUUCCAGCCUGCUGUCUGUCUGGUGAGAGUUCGCCAGGAAAACAGAGAGCUCGGGCACCAGCUCCCUACCGCAGAGACUUCGAAGCCAAACUUCGCAACUUCUACAGGAAACUUGAGGCAAAGGGCUACGGGCAAGGCCCAGCGAAGAUCAAACUGAUUGUCAGAAGAGAUCAUCUGUUAGAAGGGACAUUUAACCAGGUCAUGGUGUAUUCGCGUAAAGAGCUCCAGAGAAAUAAGCUGUACAUCACCUUUGUUGGAGAGGAAGGACUGGACUACAGUGGACCUUCGCGAGAGUUUUUCUUCCUGCUGUCUCAGGAGCUGUUUAACCCUUACUACGGCCUGUUUGAAUACUCCGCUAAUGACACUUACACUGUACAGAUUAGCCCCAUGUCUGCGUUUGUCGAGAACCAUUUGGAAUGGUUCCGUUUCAGUGGUCGAAUUCUCGGCCUGGUAUUGAUUCAUCAGUAUUUGUUGGAUGCCUUCUUCACCCGCCCAUUUUACAAAGCUCUCCUCAGGCUAGCCACAGAUCUGAGUGAUCUUGAGUAUCUAGAUGAGGAGUUCCACCAGAGCUUACAGUGGAUGAAGGAAAAUGCCAUCACAGAUGUGCUGGAUCUCACCUUCACUGUUAAUGAAGAAGUGUUUGGCCAGGUCACAGAGCGAGAGCUAAAGUCUGGCGGGACAAACGUGCAGGUGACGGAGAAGAACAAGAAGGAGUAUAUUGAGCGGAUGGUGAAAUGGAAGGUGGAGAGAGGUGUGGUGCAGCAGACACAAGCUCUGGUCCGAGGAUUUUACGAGGUAGUAGACUCUCGUCUGGUGUCAGUGUUUGAUGCCAGAGAGCUGGAGCUGGUUAUUGCUGGAACAGCAGAGAUCGAUUUGAACGACUGGAGAAACAACACAGAGUACAGAGGAGGUUAUCAUGAUGGGCACAUCGUCAUCCGGUGGUUCUGGGGUGCUGUAGAGUGCUUCAAUAAUGAGCAGAGGCUGCGUCUGCUGCAGUUUGUGACGGGCACCUCCAGUGUGCCAUACGAGGGCUUCACCGCCCUGCGCGGGAGUAACGGCCUGCGACAUUUCUGCAUUGAGAAAUGGGGCAAGAUCACAUCUCUCCCGAGGGCGCACACAUGCUUUAAUCGUCUGGAUCUUCCUCCGUAUCCGUCCUACACUAUGUUGUACGAGAAACUGCUAAUCGCUGUGGAAGAGACCAGCACCUUUGGCCUUGAAUGA